AUGUCUUCGUCAAAUAAUUUUACAUCUACUCAUGAAUUUAGUACAUCUAAUGAUCCUAAUAAUAUAACUGCAGAUAAUGUUCAACAUUAUAUAAAUAAAUCCAGAAUUAAAAACACUAAUGCCUGUACACAAAAAUGGGUUCGAAGUUUACAAGAAUAUCAUAAUAAAAAGAAUAUUUCUUAUGAUAUUCAAACACUUAAUAACAAAAAUCAGCUUGAACAAGAAUUGUGUGAAUUUUUUGCAGAUAUGAAGCAACAAGAUGGAAAACCAUAUAAAGCAGAAUCAAUUGUAUUUGCUUAUACCUCACUUCAUUGUAUUAAUAUUACUGAUCAAAGAAUUACUAAUCAUUUGGAAAGGAGAACUACUAUUCAACUUUUAUUAGAUCUUAAUAUUAAUGAGUAUGAAAUGAUGCAAUUUUUGGAAUUUCUAAUUGUGCAACAAGAAAAAUCUCAACAAGAGAAGUCUCAAAUUAUACAACAAGAAGAAUCUCAAGUUAUACAACAAGAAGAAUCUCAUGUUAUGCAACAAGAAAAAUCUCAAAUUAUGCAGCAAGAGAGUUUUUAA